UGUAUACCCUCUCUGCACCUUCAAUCGCCCUCCUGCACCCAAGAGAUACCCAUCAUGUCGUCCCUUCCCCCCGUUUACAUUGUCUCGGCUGCCCGUACGCCCACGGGCGCGUUUUUGGGCUCCCUCUCGAGCCUGAGUGCAGUCCAGCUGGGCUCUCACGCCAUCAAGGCUGCUGUUGAGCGCGCUGGCAUCAAGCCCACCGACGUCGACGAAGUCUUCGUUGGCAAUGUCCUCUCCGCAAACCUCGGCCAGAAUCCCGCCCGUCAGUGUGCCCUUGGCGCUGGCCUCCCCGAGUCGACCGUCGCAACCACCAUCAACAAGGUGUGCGCCUCGUCCAUCAAGGCCCUCAUUGUCGGCGCGCAGACCAUCAUAACCGGCAAUGCCGACAUUGUCGUGGCAGGCGGAACCGAGAGCAUGUCCAACACUCCCCACUACCUCCCCAACAUGAGGACAGGCGCCAAGUUUGGAGACCAAUCGCUGGUCGACGGCGUGCUGAAGGAUGGUCUGACCGACGCAUACAAGAAGGAGCACAUGGGUCUGCAGGGCGAGGAGUGCGCCGAUGACCACGGCUUCUCCCGUGAGCAACAGGAUGACUACUGCAUCCGCUCCUACAAGAAGGCCAUUGCCGCGCACGACGCUGGCUUGUUCAAGGAGGAGAUUGCCCCCAUCGAGGUUCCCGUAGGACGUGGCAAGCCUCCGGUCGUCGUAGACCGUGACGACGAGCCCAAGAACUUCAACGAGGCAAAGACGCGCACAUUGAGACCUUCAUUCAAGCCCGGAAACGGAACCGUCACCGCUGCCAACGCCUCACCGCUCAACGAUGGCGCUGCUGCUCUCGUCCUUGCCUCUGAGGAGGCUGUCAAGAAGCACGGCCUCAAGCCCAUUGCUAAGAUCCUCGGCUGGGGUGACGCGGAGCACAACCCCUCCAAGUUCACCACCGCCCCUGCGCUCGCCAUGCCCAAGGCUCUGAAGCACGCAAAGGUGGAGCUCUCCGCUGUCGACGCUUUCGAGAUCAACGAGGCCUUCAGUGUCGUUGCCCUCGCCAACAUGAAGAUCCUUGGUAUUGAAGAAGACAAGGUCAACCUGCACGGUGGUGCCGUCGCCCUCGGCCACGCGCUUGGUGCUUCCGGUGCCAGGAUCACAACUACACUGCUCGGUGUACUAAAGGAGAAGAAGGGCAAGAUUGGCUGUGCCGGAAUCUGCAACGGUGGCGGUGGUGCUUCUGCCAUUGUAGUCGAGUCGCUGCAGUACGUCUUGACGAUGCGUUUCUCCACACUCACUUCGGCUGCGGCCUUUUUCCAACUAAGCAUAGCUGGCUAUGUUCUAGAGGAUGAUUACAUGACGGACUUUUACGGGGCCUUUGACUUCUUUACCGGACCCGACCCGACUGAAGGUUUUGUACAGUAUGUCGAUGAGGCUACGGCAAGACAGACAAACCUUAUCAACUCGUCUACUUCGGCCAUCUCUUGGGGCGUAGACACACAGAACCAGACACCAGAGGGAAGGCCCAGUAUCCGUAUCGAAAGCAAGAAGACAUACGAUAGUGGGCUGAUUGUGGUGGAUGUCGCCCACAUGCCUUUUGGCUGUGGUACAUGGCCAGCCUUCUGGACCACCGGUCCCAACUGGCCAAAGAACGGCGAGAUUGACAUUAUCGAAGGCGUGAACGACCAGACGAACAACGGCAUGACCCUCCACACAGGCCCAGGCUGCCAGAUUGGUGAUGACACCACCCAGUUUGCGGGCUCGGUAACCACAGGAAACUGCGAUGUUGCUGCCGAAGACCAGUCAAAGAAUGCGGGAUGCUCCAUUGAAGACCCAUCAACCAAGAGCUACGGUACAGGCUUGAACGCUAAUGGUGGAGGUGUGUACGCUACCCAAUGGACCGCUGAAGCUAUCAGCAUUUACUUCUUCCCGCGCGACUCUAUCCCGGAAGACGUUCUCGGUGACAGCCCAGACCCCAGUGGCUGGGGCAAGCCAGCUGCCAAGUUCGCUGGUGCUUGCGAUAUUGAGAACACGUUCAAGCAGCAGCAGAUCGUUUUCGACACUACGUUCUGUGGACAAUGGGCGGGCAGCAGCAGUGUUUGGAACGCCACGAACAGUUCUUGCAGCAAGAAGGCAUCGACAUGCGAGGAAUGGGUACGGGACAACCCAGAGGCUUUUACCGAGGCAUACUGGACCAUCAACUCGCUGAAAGUGUACCAAGACAACGGUGGCUACGGCGCCGCCCCUCAGCCCUCCUCAGUGCCCGAGCAGAGCAGUGCUGCUUAUGCCCCUCAAUCUUCUUCAGUGUCCGAGCAGAGCAGCGCCGCGUACGCCCCUGUGCCAGUUCCAUCGGAAACGCCAAUUGUGUCUUCUGGCCUUCCUGUAGAAUCCGGAUACCCUGCAGUCCCGACUUUGCUCAUCACCCCUUCGGUAUCUGGUAUCUUCGCGCCAAUUCCGACAAGCGAGACACUUUCGGUGGCUCCCUCCGCGUCGCCCAGUGCUCCAGUCGCGUCGCCUCCUGCCGACGAUGCUUCUCCUAGCAUCCCCGUCGAAUCUCCAAGCCCAAUUGUUGCGCCGACCACACAGGUCAACGCACCAGCUCCAGCACCGACAAACAAUGGUCCCAUGUCCGGCUUCCAGUGGCCCAAAGCUGGAGCUGGUAGUGGCAAUGAACCUUCCAACGAGACGUCGCCCUCGACAACACCUGCCGCGUCGCUUCCUGAGGGCACUAACACUCCAAUCCAAAACUCUAGUGGCGCAGCAGCCGCUCCCAGUACAGCACAAAGCAUCGCUCAACCUUCCAAUGUACCUGCUGUGUCUCAAGCACCCGCCGUGCCUGCAGUGCCUGCAGUGCCUGUUCCAGCGCCCACCGACGCUGUCAAGGCCCCUCCAGCGGACGCAGCCAUCUCAGCAGACCCCGCCGCUCCCACUGUCACGGACACUGUUCAAGCCGUACGCACAGUUUAUGAGACAGUGUAUGCUACCGUCACUGCCGAUACUCCAGCCGAGACGCCAGCGCCUGCUGGCGCUGCCAGAAGUGCACGCAUGGCAAGACAUAUCAGGGAGCACAGGCAGAGGCUCACGAGGCACCACGCAAGGCACUGA